ACUGUAUUCAAGUGCGUCGAGCCUUGCACGCAAGACGCCAUAUUGAGGUGCUGAGAGAGGAGGUAUUGCGAGUGUGUUGAUCGAAUGCGCGGCCUAGCAUAGGUGUUUACACGGUUCCGGGUGACAGCCGUGAUUGCGAAUCGUUGUUCCUGUAAUUUGUAGCCGGGCGAGACGGACGAUUCGCACGUGACAGGUACAUGAUAUUUGACAGGUACGCGUAGGCGCCUUUGAUGACAUGAGCGGCAGCGACAUUGAGGAGGAUCGACGCGAGAGCAGCAACACCAUCGCCGGGGAGAGGACCGCGGUCACGAUGGACGACGACGAUCAGCUGACGGCGAGGACCCACGUCGACGACGCGCCUUUCCCGCGCUCCUCCGUCAACCGGAGUCGUAGACACGACGACGUCAGACGAGACGAUGCCUGCGACGACCAGGAAGCCGGGAAAGCGCGCGUCAUCUCUGAGAAGGGCUUUCUCAGAGACAUCAGGAACAUGGAGCUCGCCAAAGCAGCCGCGGCAGCUGUCGCCAAAUUUGGUACGAACGAUCAAGGCAUACUCGACGCAUUUAUUAGAAGUGCAAGAGCAUUAGAAGAUCGGUGUAAUUCUGCAGCAGCUGUUGACAAUUCGUCGCAUUAUGGGAAAGAAUCUUACUCUUGUGAUUCUUACAAAGCUAUAAAAGACACCUUCAGAACAACGGACCAAGGCGUGAUCGAUGCGUUUAUUAGGGGUGCAAGAGCGGCUGAGGAAGAUCGACGUAAUUCGCCUAGAAUAAACACCGAUGCGCUCGCCAAAUUGUACUCCUCUGCAGCAAGUGUCGACAGUUCGUCCCAUCAUGGGAAAGAGUCCUGCUCUUGUGAUUCUUACAAAGCUAAAAGAGACAUGUUUAGAGAGGAGCUACAGAAGGCUAUGAAGUUCCAGAACUUGUGGACUGAAUUGCAGCAAUACAUACAUGCUGUCUUUAACAUUGCUCUGGAAACGGCUCGUGUAUCCGACUCUUCACAGACUCAGUUUAGCAGAUUACCUUCGAUUGAUAUGAACGAUACUGUUAUUCAAUUAUGCAAAAGAGAUCCUCACCAACUGUUCAUGAGGUUAGUAAGCCAGGCGCAAGAAUUUGUGAUAGAAGUAAAAGUUCGUUUAUUCGUUCUUUUACACGAUCAUAGUGUAAACAAUUUAGCAGAAAUUUUUCUUACUGGUCUUUUGGAUGAUUAUGAUGCUCUUGUAGCGACAGCAAUUCUAAUUUCUGAGUUAGUAAAACCGUUAAAAGAAUACCUCUUCAAGUUUAACUUGACAUGGGACUGUUUUAUUAAAAAAUUGUAUCAAAUUUAUGUAUAUAAUGAUGCUUUGGUGCAAAAUAAUUUACCUACAUUUAUCGGCCAGCUGAGGAAACUUCUGCCAUUGAAAGGUUCCGAAUACCAAGAUCUUGUUCACAGAUAUUUAUUUUUUGACGAUGAGAUGACGAGAAUUGGUAAUUUAUGGCCCGAGACAGAACCAUGGAUGGAUAAAUAUAAUGCAGAACAAGCAGUUCGUAUGACAAGACUUAGACAGAUUAGAGAAGCUUGGGAAUUGUUCACAACAACGCGCAAACUUAUGGAGCACAGUAUGUUGAGCAAGACACCGGAUAUUAGCAAUGAUAUGCGAGAAAUUCAUGGACAGUUUUCUUCGCUCAUUGCACAUACAUCUGGAAGCGAUAGUCGACCCUUAAGUCCAAUAUUAGAUCUUAAUUCGGAUUCUAUAGCUAUACCAUCAAGUAUCGAAAUAGUCCAAAUAUUGUUAGACGAUUGGAAUAAGGCCCAGCAUCAAAAGUUAGCGGACAUAGCCGGGGCAUUGACUGCCACUGAAAUGGAUGCGGUUGGUCAAAGCGAUCUCUGUUACGAUUACGCGCGUGCAACAUGUCGAUUAGCGCAAUAUGCUAUUAGAUCAGUCAGGAAUCACAGUGAUGACAGCGACAUUGAUGUGCUCGAGAAUGGGAAAAAAUGCGAAUGUCAUACAUGCAAUGAAAUAGGAAUAAGUCAUACGAGUACACAAGACAAAAUCGAAAAUGUCGAGAAAAAAGAUACAAAUUCAUACUUCUCUAUGAAUAAAAUUAAUAGUAAAAUUUUACAAGAACUUGUGCAGUAUUCAAUGACACCGAAGAUUAAGCCAGACAGUUCAAGUGACGAAGAUAAAAGAAAGAAAGAGUCGAUUACACGUGGUGCUCUGCGGAAAGAUACCAUCUCAAAGACAUCCGAAUUGGAGCCUUGUUCCUGUGUUUAUCAACACGCGCGAGAAAUAGCGGAAAGAAAAAAAGAAAUCUUAGAAAAUCCACCUUGUCCUUGCUUGCUCAACUCGAGACGCAAGUGGGACAUGUGCCCUUGCUUGCCUACAUCUAUACUCGAAACAUCCGUAACGAACGAUCGUCCCAAGGCAACGUCACCGACUUCUGUCAUGAAGACUAAUCCAGAACCGAGCCAGAAACCCACUGUAAAGACAGGUACCACGCAAUCCGCCCAGACUCAAACCCAAACGAGGCAUUCUAUGACGCAAACGCCGAAUGCGACACACAACAUUCAUCAUGGUAAUCCGCAUGCUCAUGGACCAGAUUUGGCGAAAAACACGGGUUCCCAGACUUCUCACUCCAGACUUCAUUCGCUCAAUCAUACACCGCAUGCAUGUCACAAGCAAGCUAAUGUCGAGCAUAUCAAGAGAGUAUCGUGUAAUGACUUGAGUUCCGGAGAUGGAGACUGUUCGGAUUCGGGGAGCAGUCAGGAGGACUCGUGUUCCACCAGUAGUUCUGCGCAGAGGGAUACCAAUAUGAGACAUUGUGAUUGUUGUUAUUGCGAAGUGUUUGGCCAUGGAAUGCCGUCAGUUGCGCCAGUAAGUCGAAAUUAUAAGGAAAUGCGAGAACGACUGCGACAACUCCUGACAAAGAAGAAAGCGAAAAAAUGCAAAGCUGUAGCAACUGGCUGUAGUCCACCAAAAAGUCCAUCUGAAUCGUCAAUUCCUAACACCAAUUUCGAAUCGAAGACCCUGACGAGUUCGGUUCUUAGAUCGAAUACUCCAAUCUCGACGGCCUCCACGGUCCAGCACGAUCAACGAGAUCAACGUGAUUUAGAAGAAUUGUUAGAAUUUAUCGAAGGCAAUCAGAAUGGGAAAAAAGACAAUAACAAAAAAGCUGAGAAGAAAGCGAGACAGAAACAACGAAAACUUGAAGAAAAAUUGAAGAAAGAUAGGCAAGAAACGGAAAGACAAAAGUUAAUAGAGUUACAGAAAAAGACACCAGAAGUUACGAUCACUGUCGUCGAUCCUCAAAAACCUGUACCUCAAAGACCAUUACCUCAAUGUAAUUUACCGGAAGUUUCUAUUUUGCCAACAUCACCAUCCAUAUCUCUAUCCGCGAUAAAGCAAUUAAACAAUAGGAAAAAGGAGAAGCAGGAGAUUUGUAGCAAUAAUAAUAAUAGCAGCGGUAAUAAUAGUAUUACUAAUUUCAAUAACAAGACAAAAACGGCGUCUGUGAAUUCAAAUGCGAAAAAUAAGAAUAUUAACAAUACGGAAAAGUACGAAAUACGAAAUGCGAAUUCCAAUCAAGGAAAUAAGAAUAACUCGAAAAACGAUAAAGUCGAAAGCAAUAAAGGCAAGUCAUUAGCAAGUAUUAAUACCACAUGUGCAAAGAACAGUAAUUCGAAUAAUAAUAAGGCAGAUAAUAAGUUAUCCGAUGUUGACUUACUUGAUAAGAAGUUAACGAAAAAAGAGAGAAAGAAAUUGAAGAAGGAAAUGAAGAAGUUGGAAGAUGCAAAGACGAAAGAAGCCGAAAAUGUAACACAAACAGAAUCUCAACCGCAAAUAGUUACUAUUAGAAGAGAAAUAAAUUCAAACAGCGCUGAACCUACAGUCACGAUCACUCUGAAGGGUCAGACUCCGGCUGAGGAUAAAGUUCUAUUUACAUUGGUAAAUGGACAAACUAAAGAGCCUCCUCACAAGACGGAACAAGAACAAAAUCAAAGUAAUAGCGGAAAAAAGAAGAAAGCUAAGACAAAUAAUAACAGUAACCCGCUGCAACAAGGAAAUAAAUUGCAACAAUCGAAUAAUUCGAAGCAACAGACGUCUCAGACUUCAGCUAAGACUUGCGACAAUAAGAAUCUGAAGCAACAAGCGAAUAAUGAUAAGUCGAAAAUUGGCAAACAAACGGAUGAGAAGAAAAUUCAACAGCAGAAUGUCAAUGAAGCUAAAAGUUCCAAAUCGAAGAAGGAUAAAAGAAACACAGAGAAUAAAGAAAACGUGCUGCAGCAGCAAAAUACGGUGAAUAAGAGUAAGAAUCAACAAAAUGCAAACACCAACAAGAAGCAGAAUAAAACGAAUACACCUCCUCAAACGCCGGUGUCGCAGAAACAACAGAAUCAGAAUAUUACAAACGAAUCCACGAUUAAUAAAAAAAUGAAGAAGCAACAAGACAAAAAUGUGCAAUCAAACGCCAAUAAGAGCAAUAAUAAAAAUAUUAUUAGUAACAACGCGAAUAAUAGGAACGUUGUAUCGAAUAAGAACGAACCUCAAAAGAGUGUAAAUAAAACGAAUCCAACAACCGCAAACAAGCGACAACGUGUGCCUACAGAGGUCCAAAAUACAUGUAACGAACGGGUAACCUCGCCGUCACUCAGUAGCCAGUUUAAAGACAUUGGACCGAAUUCCAAGAUCAACAUCGAGAACCUCAAGUUACCGCCAGGCAUCACGAUCACAAAAGUUGACGCGCCGCCGAAACCACUUCCGAUCAAAACGGCUCCUCUGCCGAAACCAGUGAAUCCGCCCAAACAAACCACUAUUAUCGCCGCGCCGAUGAGCGGUGUUCAAUCGAGUUACGCGAAUCCACAGGCCGGAGGAAACGUCAUCGUAGUAGACACGGGAAAGCUCAAGCAAGACCUGCUGCCGAAAGCCAAUGAGAAAGAUUCGUCAAAGGAUUCUCAAAGUACUACUAGCAAAAAGAAGAAAAAGAAAAACAAAAAUUCGGCCAAUUCGGGAAGCACGGCGUCUACGUCAUCACCAGUGCAGAACAGCGACGCGUUCACGAGCGAUCACGUGAUAGACGAGCCCGCGAGAAUACUGCACAAUCGUACGAAUAUGGUGACCAUCAAGAAUCCAUCCUUCGGACCGAUGAAAGUGCCGCCAACGCAGCAAGCGGCCAUCAUCAAGGUGUCGGAGAAUGGCAUGGUGACAAUCCGAAGUCCGGCCCUGCAGCAGGCAAUCAAUGCAGGUCUGACAUCGCCACCCAAACCCGAUUAUAUUGUCAAGGGUGACUUAUCGUCAUCGGCAACGUCAUCGUCGACUGGCAGAAUGACGACGACAACGGCGACGACGGCCGAUUGUAGCACGUUGAACAUGAAACACGCGAACGGCGUCAUUCCGUCGAGUCUGGCGGAAUUGCGCAGUCGAUUGACUUCGCAACCAAUAGACUGCACAUCGUCCUUGUCCGGGCUCGCCAACAUCCAAAUUAGCAAGGUGACGAACGGUCAACCGAUACCGGAGAACGGCAUCAAUCUCAAGGGUACUAGCGUCACCCUGACGAAAGUGAAGCCCGAGAUAACGAAUGUGGAAGACGUGCGACAGACAUCGGCGAACAAUGCUGCGGUGAAGGAUGCGGUGAUGAUGAACACCAACGGGGGUAGCAAGAGUAAGAAGAAGAAAAAACGUGGGAAUGGCACGAGACAAUGCGGAGAUGACUGGACUCUCGUUGAGAGCGUAUUCGCGCCCAAAGCUAUAGGCGGGGACAUGGACUGGAUCGAGCGUGAAUUGGAAGAAUUCAAGAGGUUCUGCCAGCAAUCCGUACCGCCGCCACACAAGGAGAAGGUCAAUCUCAAUAUCAAGGAUAUCGUGCUGAAGAAGAAGAAGUCGUCUUCGUCGUCGUCUUCGUCAUCGUCGUCGUCGUCGUCGUCGGCGACAACCGCUACCGGGGCCGCCACUGCGAUAGCGGCCAAUUGAUAUGUCGAUUAAUCUCGCGUUAUCAUACAAAGUGCGCGAUUACUGCCAUUGUGAUGCCAGUUCGAUGCGUUGUUUGUCUUUUUCUUCUUCUUUUUUGAAUGCGAUCGCCUCGUGAAUGAUUCGCCUCCGAUCGUUGUCGACGAUUUCAAAGAAAGACGAAUGUAUGCCUUUGUAGAUGAAUAUAAUCAUUAGCGAUUCUAAAUGGAAAAGGAAAGAGGAAAUUAUUACUCUCGACGGAGGGGUAAUAAUUGAACACACAAAUGACAUUAUUAUUGUAUGUAUAUCGUUAAAUGUAAUUUAGAAAACGAAUUUCAUCGCGGCGAAACGAUAAAUUCGUCGCAUCGUCGGGAUGUUGACUUUAAAAGUGUCAUCCCGAGAAGAGAUUAACGAUAAUUGUAAAAAUUCGGCCCCGCCAACAUUUAUAUAAUAAUGAGUGCGAUUGUAAAGUUUAACUUGAAAAUAUCGUAAAAAGUGUCACUAGAAGCCACAGAUUUGUUUUUUGUGAUUCCAAGAAUUCUACAAAUCGGCAAAAGUUUAUAAACUUACGCCCUAAAUAUACAUAUGUGUGACCACGAGCAGGUAGACGUAAGCACACAAUAUCUGUUUCUUUUACUUUUUUUUCAAUAAAUGUAGAAGUCUGUUUCUACCUAUUUAGAACGUCUAUAUCAUCUCUACAUGUCUCUGUCAACAUUUCCUUGUAGACGUAGUCUGUAUUGAUAUAAGUAAUUUAGUGUAGUAAAUAUACUGAGAAGAUUUAUAUACAUAAUUCAACAAAUGUACUCGCAAUGUUUCUUAUUGUAUUGUAAUUAAAGUACUUUUAUACGGUAAACAAGACUAAACAU